GCCAUACACAACGGUCAGCCUACGUCUCAACUAGAAUUGUCAAUUGAAGAUUACAGACUUCUGUGUCGCAUACCACAGAAGUCACCAGUCUUCCAGCAACCGCAACCAUGGUCAAGAAGCGAGCGUCCAACGGACGAAACAAGAAGGGUCGUGGACAUGUCAAGCCCAUCCGAUGCUCCAACUGCUCUCGCUGCACACCAAAAGACAAGGCGAUAAAGAGAUUCACAAUCCGCAACAUGGUCGAGUCCGCUGCUAUCCGUGAUAUCUCCGAUGCCUCAGUCUUCGCCGAUUACGCCGUCCCAAAAAUGUAUUUGAAGUUGCAAUACUGUGUCUCUUGCGCCAUUCACGGCAAGAUCGUCCGAGUCCGCUCAAGAGAAGGUCGACGAAACCGUGCUCCUCCUCCAAGAAUCCGAUACAACAAGGAUGGCAAGAAGGUCAACCCUCAACAGGCUGCUAAGACUCCUCAGGCAUAAGAUUUUUGCAAUGGGAACGUAUGAUGAACAGCGGUCACGAUGCGGCGAUGGACUAUUGCAGCUGGAAGACUCGCAUGGAUGAGGCGAGGCCAGUAUUGUUCUCGACUGGGUGCAGAUAAUGCACGGCAAGUGAACCGCGUCAUUUUGAGCGAGGAGAGUGUACUGUUAAGAUGGAGAACAUUGCAGACACAAUAAACAAUGAGAAAUAGCCAGACAGUCAAAACGAGUCUAUUCCGUGGAUAAGUGAUGAGCACUUGGCCAAGUACCUCGAAGGUCAUGGGCAUCCUCCUUCUCACCUCAUCCAGCUGCAGUUUCGCGCAACAACC